CGAAUAUCCAAAUUGCGCCUCAAAAGACACAACCCGCCGACUCUCCUGUUCCUGUGACCUUGAAAACAGACCUGUUCCACCUGACCCAGUCCAUGAAGGUCUUCAGGUUGGCUUUUAGCCUAUAGACCAGCAGCUCACCAUGAGCUUGGAAAGCGCCGUGGUCACGCAUGCGCCGGGGAGCUUCGGAGCGUGUGAAUCAUCGCCAGCAUCAGCAGCGGGGAUGCGAGCGCCAGAGUGAUGGGACGCAAGUGAAGUACCAGCAGCACCGCGUCACUCUCCAGGCAGGUCAGGACAGGUGUGAAGGAUGGCGUCCUGCUCUGAGAUCUGUGGCUCGGAGUACCAGAGUGGUGCGGUGAAUGGGCACCAGUAUGGCGUGCGCUCCUACCUCCACCAGUUCUACGAGGAGUGCACCGGCUCCCUGUGGGACCGGGAGGCCGACUUCCAGACCCAGAGAUCGCCCAAUCGGUGGAGCUCGGUCCUCUGGAAGGUCUGUGUCGUGCUCGGUGGCCUGAUCAUGUUGGCCGGCCUGGUGGUGCUGUUCGUGGGCUACGCCACGCCGCCGCGCAUCGAGGCCUUCGGCGAGGACGAGUUGCUCUUUGUGGACGAGCGCGCCGUGCGCUUCAACCGCGCCCUGGACGCCUGCAAGCUGGCCGGAGCCAUCCUCUUCUGCGUCGGGGGCGCGGGCACGGCCCUGGGGCUGCUCCUGGCCGCGUUCACGCAGGCGGGCGCCUCCAAGGAGGAGCAGCAGAUACAGCAGCGCUUCCGCGACCGGCUGGCCGAGCUGCAGUCGGCCAUCCACCCCGUCACGCGCGCGCCCACGCCGGGGGACGCCAAAGUGCCCGUCACCCUGUCCAGGGUGCAGAGCGUGCAGCCGGGAACGGGAACCUGACCGGAUCGGUAGAACACUAGAACUACACACACACACACACACACACACACACAUACACACACAGACACACACACACGCACAGACACACACGCUAACACACACACACACACACACACGCACAGACACACGCUAAAACACACACACACACACACACACACACACACACACACACACACACACACACACACACACACAACCGACAUACAUAAACACACAGCUUUAUCCACAUCUCUCACUUCCGCCUUAGAUCUACAGUACACAGAGAGCCGUCUGCACUCAAUCCCACAUCAUCCAUGCUCUUAUACACACACACACACACACACACACCUAGUCACGCUAACACCAACACACUCACACAAGACCUCACACGCUCGUAUACACACACACACCUGAUCACGCUGGCACAAACACACUCACACACCAACCUCACAUACAGUGCAGCUCACUCUGGACUAAGUUAAGCUAACAUAAGUUGACAAGCACAUUUUCAAAAAAAUAAAUCAGUUCAGUUCCUCAGAUGCAAUGCACUCACCUGAUAACCUCUGAUGUAAUGAUGUCCACACAGUAUGUAUGUACAGCCUAUGUAUGGUUUCAUGUACCAUACAGUGCUGUUGAGUUUUACAUAAUUUUACAGUAAAGGUUGACCAUUGUAGGAAAAAAAACAAGACCAGAAAAACAUUUUCUUUAAUGUCCCCCCUCCCUGGACUACUGAUACAUUUAAACAGCAUUAGUCUAAAACAGAUCCAUGCCACGCAUGUACAUGAUUUGAUUUGACACGCUGAUUAAUGUCAGUUUGAGAGUUUGCCACCCACGGCACCUACCUUGGGCUGGCAUAAGCUCGCUGUCAAUGUCAAUCAUCGAUGGCUAACUCUGCCGCAGCGGUGACCCCUGGCUGACCCCUGGCUGACCCUGAAGUCGUGAUCAGAGGGAACAGAGCCAGCACUGGUCAGGAUUCUGACCAAUCAGCAGCUGCCUAGGGAGUCAUGUCUUCACGUACAAAUCGGUUCAGUUCAACUGAAUUGAAUUUCAUUGAACUGAAUGGAAUUGAAUAGAAUGGAAUUUAAUGUUAAUCAAUCAAUAUGCAUCAACAUCAAAAUGCAUCAAUAGCAUCAACUACGUGAAUAGCAUCAACAGCGUCAAUAGCAAUCGACAGUGUCUCAGGGCGCUUUGCAAAGCCCAGAGGGCUAGCCCCCUGGAGCGUGAGCCCCCUGGAGCCUGCACUGAGGCAGUUACAUACCCUCUCACCUCCAUCCAGUUCUGAUGCCUCUGCCUUCAGUGUGCAUGCAGGUAGCUGGAAAUAGACCGGCCGGCGCAGUAUGCAAGGUCCUGAUCUGUAGGGAGGACACGCAGUAGCUGAGUCAGCACUCAGAUCAGUUCACCCCAAAACACCUCCUCUCUCAAGCCAGCACAUCACCGCUGACGACGCAGGGAAGGGACGAGUCAGACAGAUGCAAAAAAGUUCAACUCAUUGGUUUUUUCUUCUCUGCUUUCAACAUUAAGCCUUUUCUUGAAGCCGGGAUUAAAAUUCAGAUGUCAGUGCAGAUAUGCAUGCCAAACAACCACAAGAUGCAAACCAACGCGAUCCUUAACAUAACUGCUUGAAGCAUAUAAACGUUUGUGAUGGUAGGAUCAGUGUGUGAUUCAGUGAGGAAGUGAUGACGUUUAUAAGGUAGAAAUGAUGUGAAAUGUAUUAUUGUGGACAUACUGUAUUCACUCAAGUAAAGUAAACAGUUUUACCCUAGAGGCCACCUCACUCUCUCUUUCUCUCUCUCUCUCUCUCUCUCUCUCUUACACACACACACACACAAACACCAAACAGAAUAAAUACAUGUAAAGUAAAAACAUUUAUUUGUUAUAUAUUGUGAAGUAUUUUUUUACAACUUUCCUUCUUCUUUCCUGUAAGUUGUGUUACAGACUGUACACUCUGUACCGGUAAUAUCUUUCAUUUCAUGUUUUGUAUAAUUUUUUAUCCGUUUCUACCUCUUUUCUUUAGCUCUUCCACACACACACACACACACACACACACACACACACACACACACACACACACACACACACACACACACACACACUCAGAA